AUGAAUUACGACAACAUACAAAGCGUUAUUAAUAUAGAAGGAUUCCAUUUAGAUUUAGGAAAUGAUCAUCAUAGAUCUUUUCAAGAUAUUUUAGUUCAUAUUUGUGAAUACGGAACAAUAUCUCUACGUACAUUAAAUAUAAUUGAAAACCAUUCAAAAAAGAUGGAACCAGAGAAACAAAAACAGUUAAUUGAGUUAAUCACAGAAGAAGUAAAAUGUUUAUGUGAUCCAAUUAUUAAGUUAUAUGCUAUUGUUGAAGGGGAAUGUAGUAGUUUGGUCCAUGAAAAAAUAAAAGAUAUGGUACGAAAUCCAUUGGAACAAUUAAAAGACAUUACACAAAAUUUCUCAAAUAAAAUGAAUUUAAUGUCAUAUAGUAAUGUGUGUGAUAGUAUAAAAGAGGUUUUAAUACAAACGUUUAAAAUUAUGAGAAUUAUUUUAUUAGAUGCUUCAGAAACACUUUGUGAUAAUUGUGAUUGUAUUGCAAGAAAUAUUAAUAAAGUUCUUGAGUCAAAUCAAGAAAAGUUUAUUAAAGGAAGUAAAUUUAUAGCAGCUCAAAUUGUUAAUGGAAUUGGUUUAGUAAUGAGAGAACGUGGUGGUCAACCUUGUAAUGAUGCUGCAGAUUGUAUUGAUCAAAUUGCAGUUCAAUUAUGUAUUGAACCAUCUGAGUUAAUACUUAAUCAAUGUAAAGAAAUAUUAGAACGUUCAAAAGAAAUAUUUAGACAAACAGUUAAACCAGUUACUAUUGAAAUUAAUACUUCUGUAAUAGAAAAACAACAAGGAGUUUCAUUUGUUAUGCCAAAAUUUCAUGAUAUUACUAUCGCUCAAAUAGUAGAGGGAAUCAAAAAUGAAGAACAAGCUAAAGAAGAAUAUGUCACUGGUUAUUUUUUAGAAAGUGCUACUUGUUUAACCAAAGCACUUAAUGGUAUGGAAGGGGUAUCAGAAAUAAAACCAAAUUCAAUUAACAUUAAUGAUUUAUUUGAUGAAGUUAAAAAAAGAAUGGACUCUCUUAAUAGCAAAGUUAAUAACAAUUCUUAUAUUUCCAAUAAUCCACAUAACUCAAUUUCAUUAGAACAAGUUGAUUCUUUAUGUGAUCGAUUAUUAGUAAAUUAA